AUGUUAGGGCAAGUGAAUCCAUCCCAAAGGGGAUUAGCGCGGAAGGAGUCAACGUCUGUCUGCGUUCUCUCCGAGCUUAAAUUCACAGAACUCGCACCUCCCCACGACUUCGUCGCCUUAGUCCACGCAUUCGGCUUUGAUACGCAGUACAAACUAGGACUAAUCUUCGUGCCUUCGGUUAACAUGGCACGAAACAGCGAGAAAGCGCAAUCGAUGCUGUUCCGCUUUCGAGCGGCACAGGCAGCUGAUCUUGGGAUUCUCGAUAUUGGACGGACUCGUCGCCCCAAGGCUAUUACACAGAUCGACUCGAUACCGACCGCCGAGAAAUGGCGGGGCCAGGUGCUCAAAGAGAUUUCGCGGAAGGUGUCGAGGAUUCAAGACCCCAGUCUGAGCGACUACCAAAUCCGUGACCUGAAUGACGAAAUAAACAAACUUUUCAAAGAAAAAUGGAUGUGGGAAAUGCAAAUACGCAAUUUAGGCGGGCCUAAUUACAUGCGCGGUGGUGGAAGAGUGUAUGAUGACGAGGGGCGCGAAAUUCCUGGCGGAGGAAAAGGCUACAAGUACUUCGGUCGGGCGCGAGAACUUCCUGGUGUUAAAGAAAUGUUUGACGCGGCUACGAGAAAGGCCAGACCGGAAGAGGCGGACGAGACUGGCAGUGGUAAAAAAGCAGCCGAAAUGCUUCGUAAACAUGUCGAUGCUGCAUACUUUGGAUACGGACGGGAUGAAGAAGACGGGAUUUUGCUGUCAUAUGAGCAAAAGCGUGAGAAGGAAGCGGUGGAAGGCAUGGUAAAGCGUGGUGAAGAUGACAACGAAGACGGCUGGGAGCCUUUGCCUGGUGACGCUGGUGACGGCGUGGAAUGGAGGCUUCCAACGCUCGAGGAAGUACAAGAGGAACUUGUUGAGAGGCGGCGUCGGAGACUUCUGGACAAGAUUUCAUAA